AUGGUCGAAGCGAGUGAUUAUAGCGCUUCGGAGGUGAAGCGAGUAAAUCAGCAGCUUCGAGAACGGCACUACGAGUUCCGGUCCAAUUGCAAUGACGGUGACGGUGACGCUAGUGCCUGUCACAGCUGGGGUGAAUGGGUAGCCGUUGUGGACAAAAAUUACAAGGAUGCAGCCACGAUAUAUGAGCUUAAUUGCUCCAAGAGUGGAUAUCCAGCAUCAUGCUUUAAUCUUGGACGAUUGUUACUGGCUGGCAAAGGUUUAGAACAAAGUGAUCCAGAUGCUUUUGACCUGUUUGGAAAAGCGUGUGCAGGUGGCCAUGCGGCUGGUUGCCAUCACGUUGGAUUCAUGCUGUCACAGGGCAUUGGCUGUGAGAAGAAUCUCAUAGAGGCUCUUGCAGCUUACAAAGAAGGGUGCAAAAAUGAUGACGCAAAUAGCUGCAAUCGCGUUGCAACUAUGUACUUAUCACCGGCCUCAAAUAGUCCAAUUGAACGCAACAUCCAGCAAGCUAAGACAUAUUUGGAAAAAGCUUGUGAUGCCAAUUUUGCCCCCGCGUGCCAUAAUCUUGCUGUGAUGUACAAGAAGGGCGACGUUGGCAUAUCGAAGGACCAAUCUAAAUAUGAGGAAUAUCGUGCCAAGACGGAAAAGCUCAUCGAGCAAGCGGGUGGCAUCUCUUCCAUCAAGUCAACGUAA